AUGGGGGCGUCGGACAACACCAAGGGGCUGGCGCUCGCGGUCGCCUCCAGCGCCUUCAUCGGCGCCAGCUUCAUCCUCAAGAAGAUCGGCCUCAUGCGCGCCGGCAAGUGCGGCGUCCGCGCNNGCGGAGGGGGAUACACGUAUCUUCUGGAGCCUCUCUGGUGGGCUGGCUUGAUCACCAUGCUGCUUGGGGAGGUCGCCAACUUUGUCGCCUAUGUCUUCGCACCAGCUGUCCUCGUGACUCCUCUUGGAGCACUGAGCAUAAUCGUCAGUUCAGUGUUAGCGCACUUUGUGCUGAAGGAGCGGCUUAACAAGCUCGGCGUUCUUGGUUGUAUAUCGUGCAUAGUAGGUUCAGUUGUUGUCGUUCUACAUGCCCCUGAAGAGCACAUGCCCGAUUCCGUUGAAGAAAUCUGGGAUCUAGCUACUCAAGCAGGAUUUCUAGCAUAUGCGGGAACAACAUUGUUACUCAUGGCAAUAGUAGUAGUGUUCAUCGAACCUCGAUAUGGUCAGAAGAACAUACUGAUAUAUCUGGGUAUCUGCUCUUCAAUGGGAUCAUUAACUGUUGUUAGCAUCAAAGCUGUUGGUGUUGCCAUAAAGCUUACGCUGGAUGGAAUGAACCAGCUUGCCUAUCCGCACACAUGGCUUUUUAUUCUGGUCGCAGUUAUCUGUGGUGUUUCUCAGCUAAAUUACCUCAACAAGGCACUGGAUACCUUUGAUUUAGCUAUGGUUUCCCCAGUUUAUUAUGUAAUGUUUACCACCCUUACAAUAGUGGCGAGUUCAAUUAUGUUCAAGGACGGGGCUGGACAAAGCUUAAGUAGUAUUGCUUCUGAAUGCUGCGGCCUGGUAACAAUCCUUUCUGGAACAAUUUUGCUGCACGCAGCAAAGCAAAAAGAAGUUGCCAGUUCUCCAGCAUCCACUUGGCCUUUGGAUAGAGGGAUAUCUUGGUAUAUCAGUGUAGGCAGCGACAAUCUUCUGAGGAACGUCGAAGACGACUACUUCGCCGCUCCACAAAUUUCGCCAACCACACCCUGA